AAAGAGGAAAACAGAAAGUGCGGCUAAAGUUUUGGUCGGCUAUCUCUCCAUGGUGUUGGUAAUUGAGAUGGCUAAAUUGUUGAACACUUUGCAGAACCGAUGGAAGCAGUACAAGUAUAGAUUUGUUCCUUGGAUCGCUCUCAACAUUCGAAAAGGGAAGGUACGAACCGUUGAGAUUGAUACCAAUGAUAAAAUCAUCCAUGACCACAAAGUGGAAAAGUCUUUAGUUGAUUUCUUCAUUGCCCUUUCCAAGAGUAAAACUAGUGACCCCAAUGGAUUUGGAGAUAAAAGUGUGAAUGGUCACCAGGGAGAUACAACGAGAAAGGUUGGCAAACAAUGUUUGCAGUCAGAAGGAGUCAUCCGAAAGUGUAGAACUGCUCAUGGAAAAUGUGUCGCCACCAACUGUAGUCACCAGGCCUCAGACAUGAGGGAAGGUCUGAGCGAUGCUGGUGUAACAUCAAAUCUAAUGUGUCAUGUGUGUAUGGCAUCAGCAUUUAGACAAAGCUUUUUGGGAUGGAACAAAGAACUUUCUUGGAAGGAACUUUGUCAAGAAGGAUUUGAGCACCUGAAAUCUAUGCGCCAACAAAUAGGCCUAAGCAAUGUCCUAAAUGUUGUCUGCAUGAAUAGUAUAAUUUGGUUGCAGAAUAGAAGAUGCAACUUGAAAACUGUGAAAGAAGAAGUAUUCUCAUGGAGUAAGGAUUUGUCCUGGUGUUCCCCAGGGCAGUUUGAAACCCACAAGCAGUACUAUGUGACUGAGAAUUUACACUGGUGUGCCAAAGUAAAUGCUAGUUUAACAGCGGCCAAUUCAGUUAGAAACUUCACAACAACCAUGCCAACCCAGAAUCGCACUAAUCAUGCUCGGACUACAGAGGGCAGUAGAGUAAGCCGCGACAGCCUGGAUGUAAUGCGUAGGAGCCUUGGUUUCACCGUAGAGCGGCAACCCAGCAGCAUUGCAGGAGGGGGAACAGGAGUGUUUGUGACAAGUGGAACUGUCGCUGCAGAGUCUGUCAUUGCACUGUACCCUGGGACAGUUUAUAAAUCAUGGGAGCCCAUUUUAUUGCAAUCUCUUGCCAACCCUUUCAUAUUUCGAUGCCUUGAUGGGACCCUGAUUGACGGUAAUGACAAGGGACUCUCAAGAAUGAUUUACAGAUCGUGCACCCAGCGAGAUCGAAUGGGACCCUACUUGACCUCUGACCUCAGCUGGUUGACAAACUCCUUGGCCAAUCCGAUGGCAAUCGGGCAGUACAUCAACAAUCAAAAUACAGAUAAUGAAGCCAAUGUAGCAUACCAGGAGUUUGAUGUUCCAGAGUCUUUCCCAUUCCAUCUAUUGAGAUAUAUCCCCAAUGCGUUCUACAGCUCCACAUAUCAACAGGAUGAUGCUGCAAAGCAAAGGUUGAUGCGAUGUGUUGUCCUGGUGUCUCUAAGAGAGAUUCAAUGUGGGGAAGAGUUAUUCUCAUCAUAUUUCACCAUCGUCCACUAAUGCCUGGAGUGUCACUAACUGUAAAAGGAACUGCACAUAUGGUACGAUAGAUUACCACUGUCCAGAAGAUUCCCCACUAAUUCUUUCAAUAGUUGGUUUUAAUCUUGAUUGAUUGUGGGAAUUUUAAUUGUACAUAUUAAGUAAUUUUAUUGCUGUUUCCUUGAUUAAUAUUAGUGCAAUUGAUAGCAUGUAUGGGUAUAUUUUUUUAGAAUGUUAGUUUUUGAGAGGUUGAUUUGCAUUGUUCAGAUCCUGGGUCUUGCAAUUGAUCGGCGUUUUUUUUUUGGGGGGGGGGCAGCCACUACCAUGCUUUUAAUCCAUUCUGUAGACUGAUUUGGCUCUAUGCUAACGGUCGGCUGUGCAUCACCAGAAAUGAAACUAUCGGUAGGAACACAAUGUGGACUAUUUCUUUCUGCCAUCAUCAGGUUCCUUGUAUGCAGUAAAUGUUAAAAAGCACUAAUAAACAACAGGAACCAGACUAUUUUGUUCUCAAGCCUCAGCUUAGUGUGUUGAUUUGCAUAACAAACAGUCAAAAAGACACAACCAGCUACAAUUGUGCCGGUCACAAAUUAGAUUAAUAUAUUUAUUUUUGCAUUGCAAUAAAUGUUGUUCCCUAUAAGAAAUUUACAAAUCUAUUUAUUUUCCACUACUAAUAAAAAUGCAUUGAUUGGUAACCAAUAGUUUAAAAGACACUCAGUUACUAGUAAGGCUGAAUAAAUCAAAGUAUCCACCUGAGUUUGAAGAACAAUUUGAAGUAUUUUUCUAAGCAAAGCUGAUAAAACUAAUAAGGCGACUGUAUUUACCAAGAGGAAAAUGAAUUUACCGUAUUUCUACCACAUGAGGGUGCUUUCAAUGACAAAUUUCCUUUCAUCAUAGACCUUAUCGCAAAAACUUGACACCCGUGCAAGUUUUGAAUGAUAGUUAUUAAAAUAAAUUGUUGAAUGAAUAAAAAUAAUAAGAAUCAUCUAUACAUAUUCUUACUGUUGACUCUGUGAUACAUGUACCACUUGAAUAAAAUGCCCCCAGAAAAAGUGCAAAGAAGGUUAUGUUGAUGUGUGUUCUCAAUGUUUGACCUUGUUUGACCUCUUAAGAUGGCAGCUAGAUAUAAUACCAAUUAAUCAUCCUCUGCAUACACGUAAUCCUUGAAGUUACACCACAAACUAUCAUUCUAAUUGAAAAUAAACCAAUACACUCUCCAUUAGCUUAUUCGAAGAAAACUUGUACAGGAAAAGGUUUAAUUUCACAAAAGAGUUAGCCACACACAUACCACAUUCUAUUUUAUUCUUAUUUUUUUCCCCUUAAAAGGCAAUGUAUACUUUGUUUUUUUGGAACCGUUAGGUGGUUUUAUUGCUAUAUAAAUGUAUACAAUAAAAAUAACUCGAUUUCAAAAUGUAGUCAUGUUUUUUUCGAUAUCGCCGAAAAUCCAGAGCACGUAGGAAGAAUAAUCCAUUAUUGGAAUACACAACCUGAGAAUUUUAUCUGGCAGUAAUGUUUCUCAGAUUUACAUUUUUUAGGAUAAAUACUGAUAUCAAAAGCUGCUGUACUUCUACCAAAAA